AUGCAGACAAGCUUCUGGGGAUUUGCGUUCUGUCAACCUCCUGCGUCGUUUGCCACACAACAGCGGGAUAUUGCGACGCAUACGAGGCCAAAGUCUCGCGUGCCUCCUUGUGCAUGUCGCGUUUGGUUCUCAGAUAACGCUCCGCGGAUUCUCACCACAAGUCCCAAGCUCACCACCUCGUUCGACUUCGUACAAACACGAUGGCUGAUCAACGGCACCGCCCAGGGCCCGGAUCGAAGAGAGCUUUUCUUCCAGGCUCUCACAGAUCACCACGCUCGCGGGGCGUCCCACGAGCCUAUCACUCGAACCGUGCUCGAGGCGAUGACGCAUCCGCUCGAGACCAGGUCGGCGAGAAGAACCCUUGACGCAGUCAUGACGCCGCCUGCCGGUGAUUUGGUCGGCCCAUGUCGAACGACGAACUUUGUCCCCGCAGGCACAACCGCGUGCCCCAUGUGGAUCAUCACCGAGCGUCAACCUUCCUAA